UAAAAUAAUUUUUUUUUUUAUUAUUUCUAAAACCCGUCUGCCUCUUCUUCUCUUCUUCUUAACAUAAACCCCACUCCGCUACACCUCCGCGUAGACACCCAACGUCUCCUCCGUCGCUCCGCUCCGGGCCGCCAGUUACUCCGACACUCCUGCACGCCCCUCUCCUCACAGUUUUGGGCCCCACCUUUGGACUACCGCUUCAACACUAAAAGCUCACACAAAGAAACGCAAAGAUUGAAGACAGACAUGGCGCUCUGCAGAUUUCGCUCAGCUUCUUCUCUCAUCUCCAAGUUUCUUCCUCCCUCCAACACUCUCCGCUCUCUCUCCUCAGAAACCCAAUCAGUGAAAGAGAAAAUAAUGAAUUAUAUGGCCCACCUCGACAUAAACUCACAAAUUGGAAGUUGUAUGCCGCUCGCCGCAAUGCGAAUCGGCACAAUUAUUCACAACAUUGAGGUCAACCCAGGUCAAAGGGGGAAGCUGGUUCGCUCGGCGGGCAAUUCAGCCAAGAUUUUGAAGGAGCCCACUGGAAGGUACUGUUUGGUGAGGCUACCUUCGGGGGAUGAGAAAUUGAUUGAUACUAAGUGCCGGGCUACGAUUGGUUCGGUGUCAAACCCGAGUCAUAAGACGAAGAAGCUUAGGAAGGCAGGGCAGAGCAGGUGGCUGGGGCGAAGACCAGUGGUUAGAGGAGUGGCAAUGAAUCCAGUUGAUCAUCCUCAUGGAGGAGGGGAGGGAAGAAGCAAGAGUAGUGGUAGUCAUGGAAGGACUUCGCUUACGCCGUGGGGAAAGCCUUGUAAGUCUGGUUACAAGACUGCUUCUCCUAAGAAGAGAAAGUAAAGGAGAUUAUUAUGCGUUUGAUGUUUGAAGGAUUUUGUUUAUCGUUAACAAGAUUCAAGUCUAUUUUUGGAUUGAUUUUAAUUGUUUCAAAUGCUUCCAGCGUUGGUAAGGUUGUUUUGUUCUUUUUUUCCUUAUUGCUGUCUGAAUACUAAGCAAAUUACAUCAACCAUUUGAGAACUGAGUUUUGAUA